GGAUGCUGAUCCAUGGACUCUUUGUCUUUCUUCAACUGCUAGGAGAUAUCAAUGCUCUUCAGUCACGAUCUGAUAUGUUUAUGGGGUUUGAAGAAAUGGAUGGAGAAGACGAUGUAAGAGAGGAGUUUCCAUGCCCUUUUUGUUCAGAGUAUUUCGAUAUCGUGGGCUUGUGCUGUCACAUUGAUGAUGAACAUCCUGUGGAGGCUAACAAUGGGGUAUGUCCUGUCUGUGCAAUGAGGGUGGGAGUAGAUAUGGUUGCGCACAUAACGCAACAACAUGGACAUAUAUUCAAGCGUAAGCGGAGAUCACGUAGAAGUGGAUCUCAUUCAACGCUUUCUCUUCUGAGGAAAGAGCUGCGAGACGGAAACCUGCAGUCCCUCUUCGGCGGUUCUUCUUGUAUAGCGCCCUCAUCGAACUCUGCACCCGAUCCGUUGCUGUCUUCGUUUAUUUUGCCUAUCAUUGAUGAUUCUGUUAGUGUGCAGCCUCAGUUAUCUAGCGAAACCAACACAGCUAAGAAAAGUUCAGAUGUGAAUAAGUCAGAGAGAAAUGUGCAGUCACCUCCUCUUUCAGUCAAGGAUCAGGAAGAGAAGGAAAAAUGUGAAUUUGUUAAAGGGCUGCUGUUAUCCACAAUUCUUGAUGAUGUUUUAU